UAUCUUUCUCACGAAACUUUUUUUCCCUCCUUUAGCAUUUUAACCGACACAAGUAUUUAUAAAGUUAUUCCAUUCAUUUUUACUCUUUUUAUCUAACUAUUCCUUAUAAAAACACUGAUAUUUUUACCCGUAACCUACUACCUUAAUUACAACAACACCACUUCUAAUAUGAAUGUAAAUGAACGAGCUUAUACUGACUCUACUGACAGUACUGGCGAUACUGAUGUAUCAUCAAACUUAUUAGCAGCUGCAGUUCUUGAACAAAGAAUUGUUUAUGGUAAAUUACAUGGUGUAUAUAAGAAAGCCUUAAAUAAAGCUUUACAAACAACUUCUAAAUCGGAACAGCUUAUCAGUUUACUACAAGAAUUUGCAGAUGAUAAAAAUGAUGAUGAUGAAACGGACUCUGAAGAAUUUUAUCAAUAUGAUGACACAAGUGACAAGGAGAAUUUCGAUCCAUCAAUACCAUUGUUACAGAAUCCAAAGAAACUGCGUGGAAAAGGUAGACCAUUGGGUACGAAAAGGUUUAAGUCAUCAUGUGAAAUAUCUAGUUCUAAAACAAAAACACAACGUCGAUGUAAAAAAUGUGGGAAAGUUGGGCAUUAUCAAAAGAAUUGCAAAGAACAAUGAAUGGAUGACUAAUUCAUUAAUAUUAUUAUAAUGUAUAAUUAAUGUACUAUUUGCUGUAAUAAUGUGUAUAAUAAUAUAUUGUUUUUUUUCGCUAUGCUAAUAAAUAAUAAUUGUUCGAACAUGUAAAUAUAUCAAUCACGUGAAAUUGUUUAUCAUGUAAUAUUUUGGGUGUGGCG